UUUAGGAGGAAGUGGUUUAAUGAACGUCGUGAGGGACCAUAUGAAGUGGUUCAGUACACAGGAACAGCUGUACAAGUCAAAGGUUCUCCUACAUGGUAUCAUCUGUCACAUUGUGUCAAAGCACCGACAGAGGACACACCUUGUCUCCAGGUACAAGGACCAGAGGACUCUGUAGGACAGGAGAAUGGACAAGAUCAGCUUCAAGAUGGAACUAACAAUGACCCUGACCUUCUUGCUGCUGAUGGCAUGGACAACAAUGACGCUAGAGAUGACGAUGCCGAUAUUGAACGGGAACGAAGAUUUGCCACCAUUGACCUACAACAUGCUCCAGGUACAACAGAGAGUCCUGCGCCGGAACAAGGUCCGACUGAGAGUCCUGCAAACACCAACAGUGCUCCGAGGUAGAGACACAUUUUAGACCCAUGUGGAUUAACAAUCAUGGGAAACUUGUUAAUCUGUUGAACUCUGACCGCCCCAGGGUGCAUGCACUGUUAAACGAUGCAAAGGUUAAUAUAAUAGAGGGUGAUUGUUCUCUUUAUAUUAGAUCUGUUGGUAUAGAAGACCAAGGAGAAUAUAAGUGCAUUUAUCUUGAUCCUACACCUGAGCGGAUUAGACUUCCAAACGGACCUGUAGCUGUAGUGAGAAAGGUUCUUCUGGUAGCACGGAACCAAAGUUUUACCAUUAAGCAGAAGGUGUAUGAGGAGGUUGUUACUGAGAAAAUGUCAACAUUGUCCCCUUUUAUCUCAGGAGACAGUACAACUCUAUUGAACUCCAACCCCCAGUGGGUAGAGACUGAGGGUACAAGUACGUCUGUUCUAACUACAAAACAAAUCUACAGACAGGAGACAUUUGGUGUAGAAAGUAAAGAAAUGACAACUGAGUCUAUUAUGACUGGACGGUCUAUAACACUUGGUGAGACAAAAAUUACUU